GCCAGAAAAAUUUAAUACAAUAAGAUGCGGAGAAAAAAUUGCAUGCCCGAAAUGGAUUUCGGAAGAUGACUACAAAAUGAUACAAUCGAUUUGGACACCUUUUGUAUCAUGUCUUGACGAAGAAGCACAGGAUUUUUUAAUAAAAAUUUUUUUAAAUGAAAGUGGUGAACAACUAAUGAGAAUUUUUCUACUUGUUCAUUGCAGUAACGAACUUGUAUUUCCCCCCCAUUCAGUAAUGUCGGGUGGAGAUGUUUCUGAAGCCAGUUAUGGUGGUUUUAUCAUCCACCCGACAUUAAUGUGGCUAUUAGAAGGCUUAGAAUCUCAUUUUAAAUAUGUACCUGGGGAAAUAGCAUUGGGUUGUAUAGACUCGUGCAGGUCACGAUACAAACAACCGGAUGUUUCACAGCUCUGUGAUGGGGUAUUUAAAUUCGAUAAUCUAGAGCUUGCGCAUUUGGAAAUGAGUGGCGGGCAUGGUUUGGUUGAUAAACCCCGCUCAACAUGGGAUCAUGUAAAAGGAUUCGUUGGUUGUUUGUAUAUGUUAGAUGAAUUAGCAUUUAAAUAUCGAAAUGGAGAUCCUGAUAUUUUCUGUAAGAUUAAAGUAUUUUUUUUACAUACAUUUG